AUGGUGCUCACGAGGUCCGCCGCUGCUGCCGCCGCCGCUGCGUCACCCGCCCCGACCCCCACCGGAAGUGAGGCGCCCAAGGAUCAGCCGCAGCCUCAGCAUGAAGCCCAGCCCGACGCGCAGCCCAGCGCGCAGUCGUACCGCUACGUGACCGAGGAGGGCGUGAAGCACAUCCUGGCCUACCGCUACAGCGGCAGCGACGCGUCUCUGCUGUACAACCACGUCAUCUCUCCGGCGGCCCAGUGGCUCGUGGACAACGUGCUGUCGCCGCGACUGGCGCCCAACGCCAUCACUAUCGGGGCGCUGUCGCUCGUGGUCCUGUCGCACGUCAUCAUGCUCUGGUACUCGCCCAAUAUGGUGGAGGAGACGCCGCGAUGGGUCUACGCGAACGCGGGCUUCUCGCUGCUGUUCUACCAGAUCUUGGACGUGGCAGACGGCAAGCAGGCUCGCAAGACGGGCAACUCGUCGCCGCUCGGACUCCUGUUCGACCACGGCUGUGAUGCACUGAAUGUGGUUGUCAGUGCGUGCACUUUUGCGUCCACUGUCAUGCUGGGGCCGACGUACUGGUCGUUGUUGACUUUCUUGGCGCCGGCGAUGGUGUUCUUCAUGGCUACGUGGGAGGAGUACUACACGGGCACUCUGGCGCUCCCGGUCAUUAACGGACCCAACGAAGGCUUGCUGAUCAUGUACUCGAUCUACUUUGGCACGGCCAUUGUGGGCCCUGCGAUCUGGACUCAGCCAAACAUCAUCUUCCCGCAGCUCAACAACAACCACGUGUUCGUCUUGGUCACUAUCAUCAGUGGCCUCGGCCAGUGCUUCUUCAGUGCGGUGGUCGCGAUCCGAUCUAUGGAAAGCAAGGCGAAGGAUGGCGCAGCGGCUCUGUUUGGCAUCACUCCUUUCAUUGCGCUCGUCAUCCUGUCUGCGCUUUGGGUUCUUUGGUCGCCGUCGGAUGUGUUUACGGACCACCCACGUCUCCUUAUCUGGACUGUGGGGCUCGUAUUCGCGAAGAUGGUGAUGCACAUGAUGCUUUCGCACAUGUGUGAAGAGCCGUACUGGCUGCUGCGCAAGACUUUCCUAAUCCAACUUGCGGUCUCCUUCCUGCUGGUGGCUGGUAUAGUGCCCUGGGGUCACGAAAGCUCAGUGGUUGAGCUUUUCUUCGUGAUCUCGCUCUCUGCUUACGUGCACAUGAUCUACUUUUUGUCGACGGAGCUCGCCACAAUUCUCGGUAUCCGCAUCUUCAAGGUGAAGCAGGGAUAG